AUAAAGUAAUAGCCGUUAGCGCCUGCUUCUAUUCAAAUUCAAACCCUCCUUGUUUUUAUAUCUGUCUCCUCUCCCUUUCCUUUUCUCACCACUCCCAUUUGCUGCUUUCAUUUUUUGGUAAAACAAAAUCCCUAAUCUCUAAGAAUGGCGACGCCUGAGAUUCAUGUCAGCGUACGUAAGCCUCUCCAGCCAAAGAACACAGCUGCCGCCGAUGUCAAUUUCGUAGUGGUGAUGAAGGAAGGCUCAAAGACUAAGCAAGUAAAGUCAAAGCCCAAGCAAGAGCACCGCCUGGACAAUGAUUCAAACAAGGAGAACCUGAACCACCAUCAUCAUCCCGUGACCGUUUACGCUACACCCACGAAGAAGAAGAAGGUGGAGGCGUCGUUGGAUUUAGAUUCGUCGUUGGCGGAGGAGCUCAGCGCCAUGAGGAAGAGGCUGGAGCGGUUGAGGUUGGAUAAGGAGAAGACGGAGAAGAUGUUGAAAGAGAGGGAAGCUGUCUUGGAUUCACAACUGAAGGAGAUGGAGGACAGAGGUCUAUUUCAGAAACAGCUCGAAAUCGAGGUUGAUAGAUUGUUCAGAUUAAAGGAGCUCAAAUCUUAUUGCAUGAGGAUAUCUCCAAUAAAGUCACUGAGGGAGAGACAACAGGGUGGCAGGAAGAACAAUGUAGUGCAAUCAGUGGAUAUAAAAGCUGCUGCAGAAUGGGAGGAAGAAUCCAUGGAUGAAAACACAUUGCAGAGUCCAACUCCAUCAGAUUCAUCUGAGUUUGUUGGAGAGAAUAAUAAUGAUUAAUCAUGUCUUUCCAAACCAAAUCAAAGCUAUCUCAGCUGUAUGGUUUUGCUUUUUGCUUUUCAUCAUUUCUUUUUAUUUGUCAUUUUGAAAGGAAAUACUAAUGCAAACUAAUAUUAUUGAUGGGAAUUCAAA